GCGGAUAAUUCUUUAAUGGUCUUUGGUGGGACGCCGGUUACUGAAUUCGGGUGGGGGUGUGGGUGUCCCUCUCUGCUGGGGCUUGACAAGGGCGUCCACCGUAUCUGUGAAGGGCUCAUGAUCAAAGUUUGCACAGUCUUUCAGAGUAUGGCACACCUAACAUCAGCAAUUAGAGUGGUGGCAUCUGCCCGUACUGCUGCCCAUUUAGGAUACAGUGUAAAUUCUUUGAAGAUCUCACCUGUCAGAAGCAUGCCAAAAUUCGAAGCAAAAGAUGACUUAAAUGAAAGUUUUCGUCACCUAGGAAUAUCUCCAGUGGAAGCUUCUAUGUCUGCAACUUGUAUAAUGUCACCUACUGGUAGCUCACUUGUAGCACCACUGCACAACACUCAGGAAUACAGACUUCCAUCUUUGGUGAAGCCCAUGAGCAUCAUUUUUCCAAAUUUAUACGAUGGAGUGAUAUUGGAGAAGAGUCUUCCACCCAAUCUUAAUAUUAUGGAAAAAGUUGAGCCACUCACUGAUGAAUUAAAGGAAGCCCCAUCAAACCAGGUAAAAGAAUUUGGCCUAUGGUACUGCAUGUGAAAUAAUAAUAGAUAAGGUGUUAAUGUGAAAAUAUCAUUAUUAAAUUUCUUAAUAAGGUCUGAUACAUUAUUUAACCCUUUGACUGUUGAAAGGCCCAAUCCUGAAGUGUCUCCUGGUGUCGCAAAA